AGCAUCUGCAGGGAAUAAGGAAUGUGAUACAAAAACCUGGCGAUUAUUAAGGAAUACAGUGUAAUUAUAUCGCUAUAAACCAUGCACAAGAAUGAAUGAAGAGUCAUUUAUAUGUAGAUAUAUGCAUAUUUUUCUUACAAAGACAUUCUUUAUACACACUAUUUUGUGACAUUGGUUUCUUAGCCUUUGAUAUGAAGAGGGAUUUAUUUAGUGAAACACACUCAGCACUGUAGGCUGUGUGCUGAUAUGCACACACACAGAUACAUGCAUUAUAGCAUUGAGAGCAUAUAGUACAUAGUACUGGAGGUGUUCAGUAAAGGCUGCUGACUGCCUACAGGAGGGGCUGCAGCUGCACACACACUGGCUGUGUAAAGGAAAAUACAUCCAGUGUGCAAGAAGCACAGAUCUCACUCUGCAGGAUUGCCAUACAACAUAAACAUUGUUUUCCCUGCCUGUUUCUCUGGCCUAGUUUGCACUGCUGCCUGCACCUGGCUCCUUCACGGGUUGUGUGUGCUGAUCCCAGCACUGAUCUUGGCCCCUUCCACCCUCACACAUUGCCUGGGGACCUGCAUUCAUGCAGCCAAACCAUGUCCGGCAAGCAUUAUAAGGGCCCUGAAGUCAGCUGCUGCAUCAAGUAUUUCAUCUUUGGCUUCAAUGUCAUCUUUUGGUUUCUUGGGAUUGCGUUUCUCGGAGUUGGUCUAUGGGCAUGGAGUGAAAAGGGUGUAUUGUCCAAUAUUUCCUCUAUCACCGACCUAGGGGGAUUUGACCCUGUAUGGCUUUUCCUGGUAGUUGGAUGCGUCAUGUUCGUCUUGGGUUUUGCUGGAUGCAUAGGAGCUCUCAGAGAGAACACAUUUCUCCUUAAAUUUUUUUCUGUGUUCCUGGGAAUAAUUUUUUUCCUGGAACUGACAACUGGAGUUCUGGCAUUUGUCUUCAAAGACUGGAUAAAAGACCAGCUGAAAUUCUUUAUUAACAAUAAUAUUAGAGCAUAUAGAGAUGACAUUGACCUCCAGAACCUCAUUGACUUCACACAGGAAUAUUGGCAGUGUUGUGGAGCAUUUGGAGGAGACGAUUGGAACUUAAAUAUUUAUUUCAACUGCACAGAUGCAAAUGCUAGCCGAGAGCGGUGUGGUGUUCCUUUUUCCUGCUGUACUAAAGAUCCUGCGGAGGAUGUCAUUAACACUCAGUGUGGCUAUGAUGUCAGGCAAAAGCCAGAAAUUGACCAGCAAGCAACCAUUCAUGUGAAGGGCUGUGUCCCCCAGUUUGAGAAGUGGCUACAAGACAACCUAACUAUUGUAGCUGGAGUUUUUAUAGGGAUCGCUCUAUUGCAGAUAUUUGGGAUAUGUUUAGCUCAGAAUUUAGUGAGUGAUAUCGAAGCUGUCCGUGCCAGCUGGUAGAAAUAUUUGUCUGGAAAUUAAGAUUACAAACGAGACACUGGAAAAUGAAUACUCUGCCCCUACUUGUAGCCCAAUAUUACUGACUGGUUCUGUGGGCUGGGGCCAAGAAUGUUAUGAACAUUUCUUCAAGACACAAAGAAGAAUUCUCGGAUUGUGUUGUGAACUUGUCCUGGAAAAAAAAGAAAAUCCUGUAUUUACACUGUUUACUUACUGAAAGGAUUCCUGCAAUGCAAGGACUUAGGUUAUUCGCUGUAAUUAUCUGUUUUUCCAGAAAAAGGAUGUUUGAAAAAUGAAUGUUCUCAGAGAUUUUAUUGUAUUUUUUAAAGCAUGUUUUAAAAACUACAGUUUUUCGUGAUUCAAGCAUUAUUGCACUAUUCUGUAUUGGUAAUUCACAUUCCUUUUCAGCAAGUUAAUCUAACAUUAAAAUGUUAAUUAGGAA